AUGAGCAACAAAGUUGAAAAGAUAGAUUUGAUUCCUCCUAAUUUCAGCAAUGAAAAUUUUUUAGGUUACAAGGCCGGUCUUAGACCAUGUAGAAAAGGUGGUGUUAAUCUGAGCGAGUAGAUCAUCAGAGGCAAGAGAAUACUCCAUAAUUAUGGUCAUGGUGCUGGUGGUGUUUCCUUAGCUCCUGGCUACGCUAACAUUUAGGUCAAUAAAUUCUUCUAAAGAUACAGCUCUUUUAAGAACCUCAAUCAUAUUGGAAUAAUUGGAAGCGGAUAUAUGGGUUUAUUCACUGCUUUGGAGUUGAUUAAGCUUGGCUACAAGGUAACUAUUUAUGCAGACUAAUUUGUCAAGGACGAUGGUUUAUGCUCACUUGAAACUGAUAAGAAUCAUCCCACUGCUUCCUAGAUUGCUGGAGGUUAUUGGUUACCUUAUGGUUAUGAAUACAAUAUCAAUGAAGAAACCUAGAGAGUCCAUGAUCAAGCUUGUAACUUCUCAUGGAACUUCUAUAAAAACUCAAUCGAAAAGAAAGUAUAUAAUGGUGUUAGAUACAUGAAGGUUUAUCAUUUAGAUAGUAUUGAUUAUAUUAAGAAUUCUGUUCCCAAAGAGAUUUUUAAUGACUUUAAGCAAGUCUAAGUAAGCUGGGGAAAUGGAAAAUACUAUGAUGCAUUUACUUUCACAACAGUUUUAAUUGAAGGUGACAUUUUCUUGAAAGAAUUAUUCAAUGAAUGCAAAAAAUAAGGUGUAAAUUUUGUUAAUAAACACUUAAAUGACGAAGGAGAAGUUACUGAACUACCUCAUGACUACAUCUUUAACUGUGCUGGUAUUCACUCAGGAAAACUCUUUAAUGAUAAAAAUGUUUAUCCCAUCAAAGGUUAAUUGGCUGUUUUCAGACAUACAAAGGGGGUUGAUUACUAUUUGAGUGCUCCUGGCCCUAAUGGCAGCAGAGUAACUGUUUAUCCUCAUUCAACAGGCACUGCUUGUGGUAUAACCCAUGAAAGAGACGUUUGGGAUCAAAGACCUACCCUUUCUAUAUGCUCUGUUGUUGCUAAAAAUGCUUAAGAUUUCUUUAAAGAUAAAGCUGUUCAACCAAGACUUUGA